AUGAAAAACGCAGUUUUAAUUCUAAGUAAUAAAAUAUAAUUGAAAAUAAAUAAAAUAUAAUGUAAUCAGAAUUUGAGAUUUAUGCAGUUAUAGGAUUUACAGGUAUUUAAAAUGUUUAUAAUAAAUGGAAAAAUAACUUAAGGAUUAGAUUUAUAUCCAGAUAAUGAAGUAGAGUAUAUUUUAUUAGCUUAAAGUAUAUUAUUUAACCAUUGGGUUCAACCAUUGUAGUUAGACAUAUAAUUACUAGACAAUAAACAUUUUAAGGUAUGGAUAAGUGAUAUACUAAAUUAAAGGGCAUGAUAAUUAGAUCUCUCUUUGAUAACAGUUUCUAGGAUUGGAAAUUAUGUUGCAUCUGGAUAAACAACUUAUAUGAGAUUCUAAGCUGAUAUUAUAAUAUGGGAUUUCAAAGACAGAAGCGUGAUUCAUAGAAUAAAAUUACAUAAAAUAUUAAUUUAAUCACUAAGCUUUUCUUAUAAUGAAUUAUACUUGGCAUCAUUGGGUGGAAUUGAUGAUAAAAAUAUGUUGAUUGUUUGGGAUAUUAAAGCAGGAAAGGCAUUGUAUGGAACACCUAAUCGUGAUCCAGUAAAUUAAGUUUAAUUUUACAACUAAUCAGAUGGAAAAAUGAUAGCAGUUUUAAAUACUGGAGUAGAGAUUUUAACAAUUGAUAAAUAAAAUAAAAAGGUAUAAUAGAAGAUUAUAUAAAGAUUUAAUCUGUUGAUGUGAAUUUUGGAAAUUUUAAACUAACCUUUAAUUGUGUUGCAAUAGAGAAAAAUGAUAAAUUUUGUUAUUGUGGAACAAAAACAGGAGAUGUAUUUGAAGUGUAAAUGGAUAUGGUAAUUUAUAAGGAUUGGCACCAGUCAAAAAAUUAUUUUCUUAAGGAGUUAAUUUUUUAGGUCUAUUACAUAAUGGUGACUUAAUAGUUGAAGUAGGAAAUGGUAUGA